GGAACAGAUCAGUAUGGGAGGGACCGAUAAGGGAGGAAAGGGCAGAGGCGUGGGUAAUGUCUGUAAGUACAGAAAGGAACAAGUUCGAUAAAACCACAAAGCCACAGGUUAUGUGACUUAAUGGCUGUCUUUAUCCGAAGAUAGUACUAAUAUAGAACUGCUCUCUGCACGUGUAUGAGUGACAACCCUUUACUGGAUUGAUGGGUAAUUUUUCUAUUGAUGAUGCGUUUGAGGUGUCUUUGGAGGACACAGGAUCCAGGUUUGGAGCCAUGCAUUUUAGUGGGGAUACAGAUGCCCAGCAGAACAGGCACAAAUACCAGAAUUUGGAGAACUAUGAAGAAAUCACUGAUAUUAAGGUCAAAGACACAGAAAGAAGUUUCCCAACACUGUCAUUUCACAGUUCUCAAUGCUCCCUCAGCACCAUAAGUAACAGCACUCAGCUUUCAAGCCGGAAUUGCUUCAGCUGGACAAGACACCCACUGAUUCAAAAGAACAAGAAAGUUGUUACUUCAUCUUUUCUUCUGCUACUUUUAGGUUUAGUCUUUUUGUUUAUUGGUGUGGGAUUGCAGGUUAGCCCUUCACCAGCUGUUUCAAGUGCCAUAUUUUUUGUACCUGGGCUAUUACUCUUGAUACCAGGAGUUUACCAUGUUAUAUUCAUAUACUGCGCCGUGCGAGGCAGAUAUGGCUUCCAAUUCUUCUACCUCCCAUAUUUUGAUAAAUGAUAUAAUGAAGAAAGCUUGUUGCUACAUCAACUCUCUCUAAACUAGAUAUGUCAAAUCAAUGCAAAAGAACACCAGGAAAACACUAAAACUAUUAGCAAGAAGAAAAGUAUCUUGUGAAAACAUUAUCCUGCUUUGUGUAUAUUACCAUUAAGUUUAUAAGGCAAUCUUCAUCUUGCUAUAAAGUUUCAGAGCUCUACCUCUUAGGAUAAUACCCCUAUUUCUACAGAUUGUUUUAUGCAGAGUGCCUUUAUGUAUAUAUUUAUAUAAAUAACACACAUGUUUGCAUUGCUUGUAAUUAAUAUUUUAAUGUUACAACAAUAGACAUUUUUAACCAUGUGAUGUGCAUACUUUUGUACACUUUUUGAUCAAAAGUAUCAUUUCGACACAGCUACUGGGAGACAAGGCCCUUCAAGGAUUUCAUUAUUGUCUGUUCACACUGUGAUAAUUUCUUCAGCAAAGGUUAUCUGGAUGACAACAUCAUGACAAACUCUGAAACAGAUUUAAAGAAAUAGAGAAAACAUGAAAAAGUAGCUUGGUAAAGGAAAAUUCAAGAAGGACUGUCAUUUCCCAGACUUUUUUUUUAAUGUAUGUCUCCAUCGUAGCUACCUGACCAUUGUUGUUAAGAAAUACUAAUCUGUAGGCUUUGUUAUUCCUGUCACUAAUUUUAUAUAUAGACCUCCCUUCAAUUUUGGCAUAAAAAGGAUUAAAAGAUCCUCCUCUUUACUUACCUUUUCUUCCCGUGCCAAGGCUCCCUUGGGACUGCUUACCACUCCUCCUCCCGCGAUGCUCCUUUGCCAGUGUUCCCCAAAGGAAAGCAUUGAAUCAGUGUUUUCCUAUGCAGACUGCAGUCACGUUACAGACUUUUAAUCGGUUACUAUCACAGGAAGCACCUCUAGUAAAUGUCAGUAUGACAAUGUAAUGUUUUAAAUUGCUGGAUUAAAUAUACAGAGCCACAGCACCCAGGGAACUUCAUUGAGAUGAAAUGGCAUGGCUUACAUUAGUUGUACUUUAAAGGUUCUGUAAUUUGCACCUGGCAGUCAGCAUAGUGAAAACAUAAAAGGAAGAGGAGCAUUUAAAAAAAUGUUUAUAUUUGCAAUGUUUGCCCUGAUUUACCUUGCCUAAAUUAGAUCGUGAUACAUUUGCUAAAUCUUUAAUAUCAAUUGGAAAAAACCCAGAGCAUCUCAUGAAAAAAAUGUUAAGAACUUACAGCCGAUUUUCCAUGUUUUAUUCAGUUGAGUAAAAAUGUGACAGUUCCCUUUUAAAACAAUUUGCUAAAAUG